AUGCAGACGGUAAGAGGUUCUGUGCUGCGUCUGCAGCAUUAUUCAUCGGAGGUUCGAUUCCGCCCUAGUGCCAACCAAGCCUUUCAUCCCUCAGUGUCGAUAAAUUGUAUUAACGGUGACCGUCUGGUCGAUUUUUGCGAACAGACGGGCCUCAUCAUCGCUUCCACGUUUAAGAAGAAUCAUCGACGCCAUCAGCUCACGUGGCAGGGGUCAAACCUUUUAACGCCUGAAGAGCAGCGCAAGCGGAAGGUGAGGAUUCUUAAGCUUCAGCUCUACUACGUUCUGGCGAGGAACAUUCCUCAGUCAGAUAUCCGAAAAUCUAGAGCUGUUUGGGACGUCGCGUUCGACUGUGACCACCGUCCAGUUCUUCUCAGCUUCAAGAUACGGUUUCACGAAAGAAACCGAGGAGUUCCUCUUCAACCGAAAAUCGACAUGGCAGGUCUGAAAGACGAUGAAUGCAGAACAAAAAUCCGCCAACGUGUGUUUAUUCAUGUUGGAGUACGGACCAGGAAGAAGCUUAGCGAUGCGGAUUCCUUCACAAAGUGCAUCCAGGACGCUGCAAAGGAAACGCUCCCGGUUCUAUUGCCGCGGAAGAAGUUUGCCUUUGCAUCUGCGGAAACAAAAUCCACACACAAUUCUGUAUGUGUCGCGCGCAGCGCUGGUGACUUCAACCAGGAGAAGCGUCUUAGAAGGAAGCUGCGUCGUCAACUGCAACAAGACCGCGAUAACGAGUGGACGUCAAGAGCGAUGGAGUUUGAGAAGGCGUGGGAGGACAGGAACCCGCGGAAAGGCUAUGCUUUACUAAAACAGUAUAGCGGCAAAAUGAAAAGAUGUUCCCCUGUCCUCAACACUGCCAAUGGGACUUUGCUGAACCGGCUAGCACCGUCAGCUCCUGAACUCGAACACGUUAAUAGACCGACAUAUGCGGUUAACGAGGAGCCACUGACCGAGUCGGAGGUCCUGGUCUGUAUCCAAAAAAUGAAGAAUAGAAAAUCUGGCGGAGACGAUGGGAUUAGCGCAGAAAUGCUAAAAUAUCUUCCUCCGUCUGGGAUUCGAAUUAUCGAGGAAUCUCUUUGCUGCGUGUUAUGUACAAGGUAUUGGAGCAUUAUCCUGGACCGACUCAUUAAACAUCGCGAAGAAACAAUGCGCGACGAGCAAGCUGGCUUUCGUCCUAGCCUAUCUACGAUUGACCAGGUGUUCAUCGUUAGGAUAGUGAUCGAAAUUUGGCAGCGGUAUUCGAAGCCAAUGCAACUAGCGUUUCUGGACUUUGAAGCCGCGUUCGAAUCUCCUCACCGAGGCCGUCUUCUCAACGCGCUCCGCGCCGAUGGAGUACCAGAGAAGUUCGUUCGCUUGCUUGAUGACAUGACUCAACGAACAACUGCUGCAGUUCGAACACCAGCCGGAUGUACCACACCGUUUGAAGUGGUAACUGGAGUAAGACAAGGGGCAGUGGCAGGACCUUUCCUGUUCAAUUUCGCAAUCGACGACAUUAUGCGAAGAACAGUCGACCAGUGUCCUGCCGACAUAGUCUUAGCACCAUCAGGGUGCCCCUUGACUGACCUCGAGUACGCCGACGAUGUCAAGCUGGCUGCAGCCUAUGGACUACGCCUAUGCCCUGAUAAAUGCAAGCAGUUGUGCAUCUCUUCGAGACCACGAACGGGAAUCAGGGUGGACGGACAACAGAUAGAACUCGUCGAUGAGUUCUGUUACCUAUGCUGUACGCUGAAAAAUAAUGGCAGCUACGAGAGAGAUGAUCAGCUAAGAUGCGCUAAGGCCAAUUCUGCAUUUAACUCCUUAACGAAAUGCUUGCGGUCGACCCCCAUCACCAACGAAGUCAAGCUGCGAGUCUACCUAUCCGCAAUUCGCUCCAUCAUGAUGUACGGAUCGGAGACUUGGGCGGCACCAUCAACGGUUAUGGAGAGGCUUGACUGCACGGAACGAAAGCUGCUUAGACGGCGAUUUGGCUACUUUUGGCAUAGGGUAUGUCACAAUGAAGAUCUUUACGCAGAAAUUGAUGUAUACCUGCGGAUGACACGUGGAAAACAUCAACAUCUUGCACCGCCAUCGAAAGUGGCUAAAAUAAAUCGUCUUCGCUUCUUUGGUCAUAUAUUAAGGAGACCGGUAGAUCGCCUUGUUCAACGAGUUCUGAGGAGUUCGUCGGGUUCGAGCUGGAAGAAGCCACCUGGCCGAAAACGGAAGUUCUGGACUGAGGUGGUGAAAGAGGAUCUGAGGACACUCGACGUGGAUAGACAGUUCAGACGAGACGUAAGGUUUCGCAGAAUAUGGAAUAGCGACGAAUGA